CAGGACGUGAACGAUCAAGAACAAAAAUGCCUCCAGUACAGUUAUUCCAGAAGUUCUGGCUUAGCUACUGUGCCCUGGUUCUUCUUCUCCUCUCUCAGGGUUCAUCAGGCUGUAGGACGGGGAAUUUACAGGAGUGUCUGAAAGCUCCUUUUGUUCCUGGUCAUAACCUGGUUGGUGAGGGCUUUGACGUGGUCACUCUUCAGCGUAAAGGAGCGUAUGUCAGUGAUGUGCAGACCUUCCUGACUCCUACUAACUCCUGCACCUUGUGCGAGAACCCCUUCAUGGGCGGCGAGCUUCAGAAACUUCCUCUGUCUGUGCUGGACUGGCGCGCCACCAAUAGAUGCAACCUUCAGAUCUCCGGUGCGGUCUUCUCCUCGGUCAGUUCUCUUCUGGAAAGUUCUACCUCGAUGAUUGAGAACGACUGGAAGGUGGGCUUGAACCUGAAGGAUGUUGGACUGCAGCUGGGAGGCAGCAAGUCUGAAGAGGUGACAUUCGCAAAUUCGAGAUUGAAAGUGGACAAGACGUACUUCUCCUCCCACCAGCUGAGCUGCACUCACUACAGUACCCGUCUUCCAAACCUUCCUUCUGUCAAUCCAGACUUCCACCGUCAUCUUCUCUCUCUACCCAAAAACAACACAGUAGAAGCAAAGCAACAGUAUCGCAACUUUAUUGACACCUACGGUACCCACUACAUCCGCAAUGCUAACCUCGGUGGGAAGUUCAAAAGAGUGACUUCCAUUCGUACCUGUUUGGCAACCCUCAACAGGGUCUUAGCCAGUCAGGUGAACUACUGUUUGAACAGGGGUCUAAAAGUAGGGCUUGGGUUAGCUGAUGUCUCCAUUCUAGGAUCUAACUGUAGGAGAAUCUUGUCAAACCAAGACAGUGUGAUGAAUUACACUGAGGGUCUUAUGAACCACUUGACCAAGGUUUCUGGAGGAAAUGGAUGGCUUGGAGAGGUUUCACUGACCAAAAACGACUCCCAAGGCUUCAACUCUUGGCUCGGCAGCCUCAAGAACAAUCCAGACGUCAUAUCCUACUCUGUCUUUCCUCUGCAUCAGCUUGCAGAGGAUCCAGAUGUGAGAAGAAACCUGCAAUCUGCCAUAACUCAGUACAUCAAAGAUAACGGGCAACUGAAGAAGUCGCCUCCAUGGUGCUUUUGGAACAAACCCAACCUUUCGCUAAACUGCUGUCCCUUCAAGAGCCAGAGAGGGUUGCUAUCGGUGACCGUGAUUAGAGCUUGGGGUCUUAAAGGUGAUUUAGUGGGCAAAACUGAGGGCUACGUCAAAGUGCGGUAUGAAAGACACUUCAGACAGACGCACUGGAUCAGAUCCAACGACCCAACAUGGAACCAGACGUAUCACCUGGGAAAUGUAUACAGCGGUAGCCGUCUGAGAUUAGAGGUAUGGGACAAAGAUGUCCGCUAUGAUGACCUUCUGGGAGGAUGCUCUGUGAGCGUGAUAAGUGGAGAGCAUCGGCAUGUCUGUGGUCUGAACAAUGGACGCUUUGAAUUUUCUUACAAGCUUUCUUGUGACCAAUACUUGACUGGGCCUUCCUGUAACGCCUACAUCCCUAAGCCAUAGUGAUCCCUAAGAUCUAUGGCAGUGUUUUUCAAAUCUUGUCCUGGUGUCAUCCUUGAUCAGCACAUUUUAGAGGAUUGCCUGCUUUAACACAACCACUACAACUCUAGAAGUUGAAUCGGGUGUGUUGGGAGACAGGAAACCAUUCAUUUGGAAGGCAAGGGUGGUUCCAGGGCCAGGAUUGAAGAACCCUGAUCUACAACAUCUACAGAAUGUUCAGAAAACACUAUAUUAACAAUAUAAAUCGGGAGUAUUGUACAGCAAAGUCUAACAUUUAAUGUGUAUAUAUUGUAAAAAAAAAACAAUAUCUUCUUAAUAUUAAAUACUACUAAUGAAACUAG